AAUUAUGUCAAUUGAAUUUUUAGUGAAUGAAUGAAAAUGGGAUCCGUAUCGACACAUCACGAAAAAACAAAUGAAGGUGUACACGUUGACACAGACAAAAAUCCGACGUUUUUUCACACAGUAACGACAGGUGCGUGUGGACUUUAUAGCUCACAUUGUGAUUCUGCAGCUAUGAUCGACGAUUCAUUAUCAGCUGUUAAAGUAUCUACCCAAGAAGCCAGGGCGCUCCAGAGAACAUUGGAAAGAGAGUACUUUUCUCACUGGAACGAAAAAUGCGAAGUACAAGAAUAUCGCGGUUUCUCGCUGUCUCAGACAGAUUUACUCGUGCGACAAAUAGGCGACAGUUUCGGUAGCUUUCGCACAAACAUCCUCAGACAGUUGUCCGGAAUUCAUUUUGCUGAGAAACUUGGAGUGAACAUUUAUGAGUUCACCUUUGGAGAAAAAAUGAGCUCGGGUGAGGUUUAUUUUGGAAUGAUCGCAAUAGCAAAGAAUGAACAUAGAGAUGAAAUGAACGCAAUCUCCUGUCUAUACAAACUCAAUUUUAACUUGGGGAAAGUUAAGCACAAGGAGACUCGAACCUUUAACCUGUUUGGGUUUAUUCCAGUUGAUGAGAGUACUGAAACAUGGUAUGAAUCAAAAAGCCUGGGUUUCGUGACAAAAAACGAGUUGGUCAACUUUUGUCGAGUAAAAGCUUUGGGUGAAUUCAGACGCAGAAACUUUAUUUCAAGGAUGAAUGACGUCUAUUCUGUGAAGUAGUUAUUAAUCCAGAACAUUC